ACAAAUUUCCUAAUUUUCCCUCAAAUAUUUUUAUCCGUACAAUUAUCCCCUGUUUCUCCGGCAUCACACGCGACCUUCGUCUUUGAGUGCAGCUUUGGCUUUGGCUUGAGCCCUCAGACACUUUACGGACCCUUCGGAGAAAAAAGCUCAACAGAGUCAGAAAUGAAAAUUUGAAGCUGGUCGCCUCAUUGCUCCCUUCAUCCUCCCCACGCUCGACCUAUCUUCUCCCCAAAUUUCACUCAAUUCCUUCAAUCAGAGACUAUGUACUUGUCUGAUAAGCCUCGCCCAAUUGAUAUUUACAAGGAAGAAGGUAGUAGAGAUAUGAUGAUCGAGGUCGCCUCCAAUGGCGACCACCAUAUUCAACCACAUCAGCCACAGCCACAGCCACAACAGACUCAUCAGCAGCACCAAAUGAUGCUUGGUGAUAGCAGUGGUGAGGAUCAUGAAGUCAAGGCUCCUAAGAAGCGAGCGGAGACUUGGGUUCAAGACGAGACUCGAAGCUUAAUUGCCCUACGUAGGGAGAUGGAUGGAUUGUUUAAUACCUCGAAAUCCAACAAGCAUUUGUGGGAGCAGAUAUCCGCUAAGAUGAGGGAAAGGGGAUUUGAUCGCUCCCCGACUAUGUGUACCGAUAAGUGGAGGAACUUGCUUAAGGAGUUCAAGAAAGCAAAGCAUCAGGACAGGGGAAGUGGCUCUGCUAAGAUGUCGUGUUACAAGGAGAUUGAAGAAAUAUUGAAGGAAAGAAGCAAGAGUACACAGUACAAAAGCCCCACGCCACCCAAGAUUGAUUCAUAUAUGCAAUUCUCAGAUAAAGGAAUAGAGGAUAAUGGUCUAUCGUUUGGACCUGUUGAAGCAGGUGGCAGGCCUUCACUCAAUCUUGAAAGACAACUAGAUCACGAUGGACAUCCCCUUGCCAUCACAGCAGCCGAUGCAGUUGCUGCAACAGGCAUUCCACCUUGGAAUUGGAGAGAGGCACCUGGAAAUGGUGGGGAGAGUCAGGCAUUUGGCGGGAGAGUAAUAUCAGUGAAGUGGGGGGAUUACACCAGAAGAAUUGGUGUUGAUGGCACCGCAGAGGCAAUCAAGGAGGCAAUCAAGUCUGCAUUCGGGUUGAGAACAAAACGUGCAUUUUGGUUAGAGGAUGAGGACCAGGUUGUCAGAAGUCUGGACAGGGACAUGCCUUUAGGAAACUACACUCUUCACCUUGACGAAGGUGUGGCUGUUAAAAUCUGCCUCUAUGAUGAAUCUAACCACUUACCGGUACAUUCUGAAGACAAAGUCUUUUACAUUGAAGAAGAUUACCGAGAUUUUUUAGCUCGUCGAGGCUGGACAAGCCUACGGGAGUUUGAUGGGUAUAGAAACAUUGAUAAUAUAGAUGAUCUCCGUUCUGGUGCAUUAUACCGUAGAAACAUCGAUAAUAUGGAUGAUCUCCGUCCUGGUGCAAUAUACCGUGGUGUAAGCUGAGCAAGUGCACAAUUAUGGCAACAUAAAGAAGAGUUUUGGCUUUAGUCCCCUUGGUAAUGAGACUUGGUUUUAGUACUCCAUCUUUACUUGUAAUCCAUACUCUAAAUCCAACCAUGUAAACAAGUAAGCCUUUGUGCACAGACUCUGCUUAUGCAUUUUUGACAGGUUAUCCUCCCUCUGUAUAUAUCAAUAUGGAUUAUUGGCAAUAUUGUCUCACCUGUAUAGUGAGUAUUGGAUGUUUCAGAAGAUGCUUAUGACAUACAUAAAUGUAAAAAGUGAUGCCAUUGUCGCUAUUUCACAAGUGAA